AUGACGUCUUUUCCAGGAGUUCUGGAGCCAGCAAAAGUUCUAGUGGAUGUGAAUAAAGCGCCAGGUGUUCGCUCGCUUAAGACUAUUUUUGAGCACGGUGCUGACACGACGAAAAAAAUCGACCGUCAGGAGCGUAUUUCUCUUUACGAUGCUGAUGAACUGAACGGGAAGUGUGAAGUAUAUUUUAUAACCUCUUUUACAAAAGUUUGCUUAUAG